UAAUGACCCCUCUUUCGCCGUACAGAGGAAGUCAAGGGAGGCCAUCUGAACCAAAACAGACCUACUUUGCAAGACCCUGAUUGGAGUGCUUUGGUAGAUCAUUUGUGAACGCUCAGUUGUUUGCCACAAAGACAGCAUGGUGCAAGAUCGGGUUAAAAAUGCAAAACAAAAAAAACCAAGCAAUAAGCAAAAAAAGAAACACAACGGCGAACGCAUUCGAAAUUCGAGGCUGAACAUGUUCGAUUCUGUACGGUCAGUUUCAAGCGCUUCGCUUUCGCAUGUUGAAAGUUCUUCUGGUGGCGAUGAAACAGGUAAGUGGAAUUAUUUCUAUUCUUGAAGAACAUAUUCUUCAUUAUGACUGAGAAUCUACUGUUAAUGAUCGCCAUGUGAAAUCUUCCAACGUAGGAUAUUUGUAAUUGUGUAUGCUCAGCGAGUCUAAGAAACUUUUCUUACUUUAUUUAAUUGAAAAUUUUGAAUCGUAGAAUUUGACGUCGAUGAAGAAUUGCCAGACGAUGAAGAAAUCGAGCGAAGAUUUUCCCAUUUAUUGGUAAGAUCAUGAUUUGAAAGUUUUUAAAUUUUAAUUGUUCCUACAAGGAAUUCAAUGAGUCAGGCUGCUGUGUAUUUUUAUGGGCCGCCAGGAUAUAAACAAACCAUGAUUACAAAGCUAAAUUUUACUUUCUUCAAUCUGUUUUGCACAUAGGAAAAGAUGACUCUUCCUCCGGAAAGAGCGGCAGAGCUCUCUAAAAGCCCAAAGGCUAACAAAUGGAAAAUGAUAAAAGCGAAGGCAAGUUUGUUGUCGUGACGGACACAGCUAUCGAUGUACUUGACAGCCUUGUUGCAGUCGAGAGUUCUUUGUGUCAAAGUAUUUGACCGGGUAUUUGAAUGGAGCUGAGUUUUAAAAUAAAUUAACCUAGUAUAUUUGGGGAUGUAUGUUAGAAAACGUUGCAAAGAUUGUAGAAUAUUCGUAUUAAUUUUUCUCCCACGUAGGAGAGCUCUUUCGUAUCAAUAGCAACUACGUCAAUGAAGGGACAUUCACAUUGAUGAGUGUCUAACAUUAAUUUUUAAUUAAUCCCUUGUCACUUGAAAGAAUGACCUUACAAUAGAGUUGAUUCCUUGCAUUAUUUAACGACUUCUUUCCCACGGCCACAAGAUCCCACAUUUGAAUUUAAAAGUCAAAGUUGUAGAGUUUUAAUCUAACAAAAAUGCCUUGAAUGCACUGAAUGCACGGAGAUUAGACUUACAGUACACGAAACUAAAACCUAAGUGGAGUGAAAGUUUCUAUUUAUAGCCUGUGAAAAUUUUGACAAUUAGCAUGUCUGCAGGUGGGAACUAAUGAAACAGCCCAAAACAAACUCUUCAAGUUAUUCAGUCUAGAAAGAACAGGUUGACACCAAGACGACCUCUCACCAUCUUGUUAUUUAUUUUCUACUUUAAAUUUUUUUUUUGGAAAAAUUUUCUGGGGUCACCUGAAACUGACGUUGAAGUUACAGUUUUUUUCUAUCCUUUAAACCUUUUUUUGAACGUGGUUUGUGGUUAUUUCAAGGAAGGAAUUUGGAUACUUGUUUGUUAUUUUUGAUGAACCUCAAAUGGAUAACUCUGCUCAAACUUUAGAGGCAGUUGCUUCUGAAUUUGUCAAUUCUAACUCUGAGAACUCUGGGGCAAACCCUGAAAAGGCUGAAGAUGUUAGUAUUGAGCUUAGAAUAAUCAUUCUACAAGCAGCUUGAAUUCAAUUCGUAGACUGUGAAUACUUCAGUAGGAUAAUAACUUGCACUGAAUUUUGUACGGGCUCACUGUUUAUAACAAAAAUUCACUCAUACUAUCUACAGCACAAUAUAAAUGGGACCUGUGAUUACUUGACACAGUGUUUAUUUUGCUGUUCAUAGCAUGGUUCAGAUUGAGCUAAGUAUCAGAAACAAAAUCUUUUCAAAAGCUGUGGUCUGGUUACAGAUAGAACCCCAAUUCAGGCUGAUCUAAACGGAUGUUCAAGUAUUUUAAAAUUUGCCAUCAUUUUUCAAAAUUAGAUAAUUAUGUUUCUUUCGUCACGACAAGGACAAAACCGAGUAAUGCUUUUCAUUUGUAAAUGGCUCAAUUAAGUUUCACAUAAAUGCAAGGUUAAAAUAGAAGUUAUGUCGGUUUAAUUUGUAGUGCUUGAGACUGGGUCAGGUAUUUUUGGUCAUCUAAAAUCAAUCAUAGAGAUCUCAAUUAAGUAAUGUCAGCCUUAUUAUUGAUAAGCUAAUAAGCUUUUUAUAAAUAGCUAUUUCCAACCUUUUUAAAACCUUUCCAUGGAAAAGUGCCAAAUAAUAAUUAAUGAAACAGGAAACAAACUAAUAAUGAAAUAUUGCACCCUCAUAAAUGUCCAAACUUACAGCCAUGUAUAAUUUGUGACUUUUAUCUAUAGAUAAAAAAGUGAUAUUAAGAAUUAUCUGGAGGUAUUCAGAAGAAGCUGCUUGUGUUGUCACACGGCACUCAGUCUAGUUGCCAGCUUUCGUCCCAUGCACUGUUCAUCCAGAUAAAAGUUAAUUUCUAUAAGUUGUGUUAGUUAGUAAUAUUGGCAGACUUUCUAACAGUUUUGGGUAUGGUGCUAGUCCUUAAAUGACAUUGAAACUGUCUUUUUGACCUGACUGACCAAAAUAAAUUAUAUUAUUUAUUUGUAACAUUUUUAUAAUUUAUUUUUUUGGUCAAAAUGCCUGGCCCUAGAGAAAAAAAAGGGGUCUUUUUCUUACUUCUGUAUUAAAUAUUAUUGACUACAUAUUGGCCAGUCUGGAAUUUAUAGACACACUCAGGCAGCUAAGAAACUUUGCUUUUAGUAACUGUUGCUUUUAAUGUAAGCACAUAAUUUGGGUCAUGUACACCAUCCUCAGGUAUUGAGAGUCAAAGUGAAAUUCAGUUCUUUGGAGAGGCAUGACACCCUUUUAACCCUUUAAGCCCCAAGAGUGAUCAGCAUCAAAUUUCUCUUUGUAAUAACAAUGCUUUGUAAAACAGAGUGGUCAUGAGAAUGACGGACAUGAUCACACAAGAUGAAUUUGCUCGAUAUUUUAUCAACUUCUCCUCACUACUUCUGUAGGAAAUGAAUGGGGGCAACAAAUGAGAAUUCAAAUUUUGAUCUAAGGGUUUAAAGGGUUAACCCUUGAUCAAGUCUCAAGAGUAACCAACAUCAAUUUUCUGAGAACAAUAUUAAUACAAAAUCAAGAAAAAAGGUUAUGAGAAUUAAGAAAAGGAUCAUCCAAGUGAAAAUGCUUUGACCUUUAAAUAAAUUCUCUCAUUAGUUCUGCUUGAAGGAAAUAUAUUGGGAUCAGCAUGGAGAGUUUGUAUGUGGAUGUUGGGGCUUAAGGGUUUAAAAGGAAAAGAAAAUUAAUGUGAGACCCAAUCAGUGAUUUUGUCACAAAUAGUUAUGGUGAGUCCUGAGACUCAUCUUGUGAAAAAUCAUGAGUCCCUGGCCAUAACCAAUGAGUCCCAGUUGAAAAAAAACAAGGAUUCAUGCUUGGGCCUUUAUGUAACCAGACAGUUAAUCUGGAGACAGAUGGCAAAACUCUUCAUUACAGAAUACAGUUUACGGAAAUUAAUGCCAGCAUGGGCAAAAAUGAUUCCCUAUUUAAGGAUCUAGACCCUCAAAAAAACAGACCCUAUUUGGGGGGUGGGGACAUAACUAUCUGUCCCAUAUAUAUGGGUGGGAGCAUCCCGCAGGUACCUCCCCCUGGGGAAAGAGCUUGAUUACCAGUCUCUGUUUGGGAAAUGAGACUGCACUUCUCCCAGGAAAAGACAUUCUUCAGUCUCUGGGAGGAAAAAAACUGGACCCAAGAGAGUGGCAGACAUAAGCCUAAAGCAACAUUAGGUAUUUUCUUGUUGAAUCCUAUAUUACUCUGCCGAAAAUUUUCCUUGAGUGUGCAUGUAUGGUGGCUUUGAAGUAAUUUUUGAAAAGAGGUGCAUAUUAUGUGUAGAAUGUUAUGUCCUCUCUAAAUGAUAUUAAAGAUAUUUUGAAUAUGUUUGCAGGAAUUGAUGCAACCCAAGUAUUCAUCAGGCUUCUAUAUUGAACAGUUAAAAACCCACAGAGACAUCAACCUGAGCAAGUCUGCUGCUGCAGAAAGGAAAAGGCUCCUCAAAGGUUUGGAGCCUGUUGAGAUGAUACUUAGGUCAUUAGAAGUUGACCUUCGGACACAUCCAAAUACCACGUAAGCAUUUAGUGAAUGUUUGUUCAUGUGUGCAUCACAGAAAAGAAUUAUUAAAAUAUACAGUUGAACUUCCAUUUAGUGGCCACCUUUUAGGUGGCCAGUAAUCAAAUAACUGAAAUAAUAAUUGCAGAUAAACCUCUGUUAAUUUAAAGCAGCUACCCCCAUUAAGCAGCAGUGGCCACCUUCUCACCAUCCUGACAAUCAAGAACUUGAUAAUCUUAGUUGGGCUUUAUUUUGAGAAUAUGAUGACGGAAAAUACAGUCCUAGAUAUGUAAGGUCAUGAGUGAUUGUUGACCAGUAAUGCAGUUCCCUUUGCACAUUUGUUUCAAAAUAAAGUGAUAUUUCUUCUAAAGAUUAUGCUAACUAUAAAGACUUCUAUUAAUUAGCGACUUAAGACUAUUGAGCGACUAACCUAAGACCUAUUGAGCAACUAUCUUAAGACCUCUUUGGAGUGACUAACCCCCAUUAAGUGGCCACAAGAGAGAAUGAGCCACUUGCCGGAACCUUUAAGGAUCGCCGCUUAAUGGAGGUUCAUCUGCAGUUGACAUGUACCUUGUCAACAUCAAGACAAUAUUAUUAAGCCUUCCAGAAGGCUUAGUGCCGGAUUUGUGCAUGCACCUCUCUGCAAACAAUAUGGCCAAGGUUUUUUUUUUUCCUGAAGGUAUAGAAGGCCAUUUAUUUUAAACUGGCUUGAGUUUGACUUGUCAUUGGUUUCUUGCAUCCGGGCACCUAACAAUGGUUUCCUCCUAAAUACAUUGAAAACACUAGUAGGCUAUCCAGGGUACUUUUAGAUCUCUAGAAAUGCAUUCAAAACGAGGCUAUGAAAUUUGUAACUGUUUGGUCAUCCUUAUGGCAGCUUGAGUCUUUUUGAAAUUAGAAGGCUUUUGGUAUUAUAUUCCGGGAAAUUUGUUUUGUUGAGGGCAAUGCACAGACACGAUACUGAUAGUACAUUAAUUUUUAGAGCAGCCGUAGCAAAUAAAGAUUCACCCAUAACAUCUCCCCAAAACUUUAUACCGUCCUCUUUAACUUCCCAAUCUGAUCACCUGUAAAUCAAGUGAGCUCUGCUGUAACAGGUGUUAUUGGUUACAGCCCUUAAUGGUAGCUCUUCAUGCACGCAUAAUUUGGUGUAUGCAAUGUUUUUCUGUUAGCUGGCUGCGUGAGUUUGUAGAUGAUCCUUACAGAGGCCAUGUUGCACUGGUUGAAUUCCUUCAAUAUCUACAUUUACACCAACCAUCUCCGGAAGUUGAUGACGUUCCAAAGAAGAAAGGCAAACCCGAUGUCUUGUCCAGAGACUUUGUAAGUAUGGUUAAAUACCUUCAUUUAAACAAUGGACCCUUCCACAGUUUUUUUAAGUCUUAACAAAGCAGCAAGCAAAAUUCCAUUGACACUGUUGGGAAGAGCACAUUGCAAUAUUAAAAAACGUACCAAGUUUAAAAGUGAUGCCUCCAAAACGAGCAAAUCAUUGCUCCACAACGUCGCGACUCUGCAAAGCUAUACCUUCGUUAGUUUUCAACAUGAAAAGCACUUUCAAUCUUUGCAACUUCACUGACGGCGUUCUUUCCAGCCUUGUUUUUCGUUAACUGGUCCCAGUCGGAAGUUGAAAAAAAGCCAUGGAAGGGUAUAGGUGCCUGUGAGUGGACCAAGAUGCAGGGUGUACACUUACUGACCCGGCAAAGAUGUUCAGCAUGCUUCCUGAGCCCUUUCCCUAUUUUAAAACAAGAUCUGUGAUAUUUUUAUUCUACUUCAACCCUAAACUGCUGUUCUCAUGAGACUACUUGAUAAAAAUAAAAAAGCUAAAACAAUGGACCUACUUUGGAGCGUUUACUUUUCCUGCAACGUCAAAUUUAAUUGUUAAAUGUUUAUGUAGCAGAUUUUCAACCAGACUGAUGGUUUGUGUAAUAAUUAUGGUAAGCACCCUUGCCUCCCUGGAAUAUCCCUUUAAAAUCUGCAGUGUGUCAGAGGAUUCUUACACGCGGGCCUGUACAAAUGAAAGCAGAUGGCUGUAUUGGCAUGUUUUCAAGGGAAAGGAUGAAAGACUGUUCAUCAGGCAAACCAUUCCACAGCCUCACAUUACUGACGCUAAAAGACUUCAGAUUAGCUCAAAUUAAAUUCUUAGGGCAGAUUUUAUAAACCUAAACGUUCGUCCCUUUUUUCUUAUGUGGUACUGACUAAUUUUUUGUGAUUUUUCACUUUUAGGUUGAUGAGCAUUUGUGUCUCAUGUGUUUGAGAGUUUUAAUGAGAAACAAGGUAAUGGCAUUUAAAAUUUAAAAACAAAAGUAAAUAGAUAAAAAGAAUGAGAUCUAUGUCUUAUAGCCUAGCUAGUAACGGACAAAAAAACAACGAAAAACAACAACUAUGGACGUACUCCAGUGAAACCUCGAUAUAACGAAACUCUAUAUAACGAAGUCCUCGAUUUAACAAACGAUUUUCUUUACCCCAGUAACAGUAAAAUAUAUGGAAAAGAACCUCCAUAUAACGAAACCUCGUUAUAGCGAACAAAUUUUGCCAAUCCCUUGGCACUUCUUUAUAUCGAGGUUCCACUGAAUGAAAAGACCAAACAACUUUUAGUACGGUAUCCAUAUCAGCUCUGAGCUGGGAUGCCUUCUUCUUCUCUUCAGCCCUAAGUUGAAUUUCCUGACUUUUAGGCUAUGUACACACAAUACUACUGGAUAUCUUUUCGUGGCGCCACGAAAAGCUAUCCAGUUUUGUGUGAACGCCUGUCCAAUAUGUGACUCACCACUUUAGAGAUCGGCGCGUCGCAGCUUCGCUCGUCACAGAGAUGGCACUGCCACAACCGUUCUUGUGUUUGAACAGAAGCCUUAUCCGGUAUGAUUUUCGUGGCGCCACGAAAAGGUAUCUAGUAUAGUGUGAACGCCUAUCCGAUGUACAGCUCACCACUUUAGAGAUCGGCGCGGUGCAGCUUCUCUCCGUCACAGAAAUCGCGCCGCCACAACCGUUCUUGUGUGUGAACAGAAACCCUAUACGGUAUAUGAUUUUCGUGGCGAUGCAAAAGCUAUCGGGUAUCUGAGUUUGAACAUAGCCUUAACUAAUAUGCAACCACAAACGAGUGGGAAUUGACGCAAAAAAGGUGUGACAGAAAAGAGGUCAGUUUCUGGGCAGCAACGCCUGGGACAAUAGGCUAUUGUUUCAGUGAUUUUGUUACCCCUGCGUCCUGCGUCCCUGAUGCAUAAAAAUCCCCAAAGACGCAAAAUAAUAUCAUGGCAUGCUUCCCGAAGGACGCAAAUAUCGAUCGAUUGAUCUGAACAUGUGUAUCUGUGGUAGUUAUUGUGGCUGUUGUUCAACGAUGCGUAUUUCUUUUAGCCUUUGUUGUGCUUUAAAAUAGAAGGACUAUAUUUUAAUCUCAGUGUACUGUAAUACAGAGUUUUGGAGUCUGUGUUCAGGUUAGCUAUCUGGUUACAUUAAGGCCCAAGCAUUUUCUAUUUGGGACUGGUUAUUUUUUAACUGGGACUCAUUUGCUCUGGACUGGGACUCAUGUUGUUUCACAAGAUGAGUCCCAGGACUCACCAUAACUAUUUGCAACAAAAUCACUGUUGUUUUGAGGAAUCUGAUCGUGCACCAAAAAAAUACGUUUUCAUUGGCGUCGUCAUUGUUGUAGGGUAAGGACCUUAAUUUUAUCGGUGACUUGACUUGUGUGUAACCUUUUAUCCACAGUAUGGUUUUCAAUCAGUUAUGGGUGUUGAGGAAUCUCUCAAAGCUAUCAUUCUGUGUUUGAAAAUUGACAGUCUAAAAACUCAAGCGUUGGUAGUGAAGGUAAGUGCAUUCUUAACGAUUUACAGUUUUGGGGCGGGAAAAGUACUCUUCACAAUGCAUAAAGACUAUAUAAUGACACUGAAAGUAGCGGCAGUGCCUUAGGGAUUAUGUGACAAGCUUCUUUUCUGCCAAGUUGUAUUAAGAAUUUUAGGAGCAAUGUUAUUAUCAUCGUGAUAGUACUAAAAACUAGUUUUGUUUUAAGGAAUAAUUAUUAACUGAGCAUUUAUUAUGCCAGACAUUUUUCUGGUACCUUAUGAGUCAAUUUAACAAAGCUUUUACAAGUGCAAUAUACAAGUUUGGCUGUUGCUUUCAAACUCUGAUAUCCAUUUAGAGUCAUUUACGGUACUUUACCUUACCUUGCCUCCGGUUCGCGCUCCGUUGCGCAUAAGGUCUCCACAUAGUCACUUCAUCUUAAAAAGUGUGUCUGGUUUCAGUAAUGACAGAAACCUUAAAGAGCGAUAGAUUGUUUGUAGACCUGUUUUUCUCAAUAAUGCUUGCUUAAUAUCUUUCAUUUAGAUGCUAGCACAGGCCUGUAUGCAGUCUGAGUACUACGAUAAAGUUGUUGAUGCAGUGAGGUUUUACUCAAGAACGGCCAGAGAGGUGCGGCCGUUUGAAACUCUUGUGAAUUUGAUGUACCAGAGACCCAUUUCACCGCAGUUCCAGGUAAACGACGGUUGGGACAGAGCCAAGUUCAUUAUUUAUCAGCCUAUCCCCUAGGCGUUCUCUCUUGCCCCGUUGUCCGCGCGAAGUCUGGGGAAGAUAGGCAAGUUUCUCUCGGUGACGUCACAGCUAAGUUUUGACCGAGCCCAAAUCGCCUAGGGUCGAGAGUUGUACUGGGACAGAAAAACAAAGGUCUCCCAUCAUAAAAUGGUAAUUUCCUUUUCUUCUCUUGUCCCAGCAUUGGGGUUUUGCUUCACCUGAAUAUUAGGGACCUUACGAAACUACGACGGCGACGGCAACGGGAACGUCAAAAAGCACAACAACAACUCUGCACGUGCAUCACGCAUUUUUGUAAAUUGCUUUGCCGUGCCAGCGAAAGUGCGACGUGGAAUGACCACAUUCUAUGUUGACUUGAGAACGGGAACGGCAAGGCAAUAAAUUCUACCAUCGUUGUGUGAACUCCUGCGCUGUCCCCUCUCUUCAGCUGCAGCUAAAUUUCCUUCUUUGAAGUAACUUUGGAUAGGCGCGAAAAAGUUUGAAAGGCUGCUAAGUCUAUUUUUCAGUGACGUUUCAUUGGCGUCGCCGUUGUCGGAUUGCAAGGUCCCUAAUUUGACUAGCUGCAACUGGGCCAGGGUUUGCACGCACCUUGAAAGUCCUUGAGAAUUUCAAUUGGUGCUGGAAAGUACUUGAAUUUCUGUGCAUUCUAACGUUAUCCAACCCAGGCUGUUCUGAAGUGCCUUAAGGGAGCAAAUACAGGAAGACCUUCAGGAUUAAAUCUCUUUUGAUGUGAUGAUGUUGAAGAGCUAAAAAAGAGAGACUCAAGGCUCUUUUUUCACUGAAUAGAGUGCUUGAAAAGUGGUAUAUGUGUCCUUGAAAGUCCUUGAAUUUUUUGUUCAAAAAAGGGUACGAACGUUGGAGGGCCUAUUGCAUUCGUUUUCUCUUUCAGACGCUCUGCUUGAUUUUCUUCAACUCUCUAUUGAGUAUCACACCGACUUUUAACAAGAAAGUUUUUCAUCAGCAAGAGAUUGAAAAUGCAGGGUUUGAUGUGGAACGAACAGAAAGGGUAAGAUGGAAUGGUACUUCAAAGCCAUGUACAUACAGCAAGUGUGGCAAUUCCCAAGGGAAAAACGUAUUUGCUCGGAUUUUGGGUGCAGGACUUGACAAAUUUUCUGUUGAAAAUUCUUCUCCGUUAGCUAUAGAAGUGAUUUCAAACAACAGUGGACCAACGCUAGGGUGAUGUGUCGGGAGCUAAAAAUCUUGGAAAUCGCAGUCAACUUUUAUGUGACGUUGUCUAAUUGCCACGAAAAUUGUCGUCACGUGUUUUGGGCUACGAUGUUGGUCACAUGGAAUUUUUUUGGCCAGUUUUCUCCUGCACGCGAAAUAUAAGUUGUCUUUCCCUGUAGAAACCGCCUUAGUUAGACAAAGAGUGGUCUUUUUUUCUUUGUCCGUCGAGCGAAACGCGCGAGAGACGGGAGCGAAAAAAAAGAGACUGCUAGCCUGUGUACAGAUCCCCCCCCCCCUCACCUCAGGAAAAGUCGCAGAAAUCGAGUUUUCCUGAGGGGAGGAGGGGGUCUGUACACAGGCUAAGAGACUGCUUUGCGGUCUACGCCGUAAUAGGAAAAAAAACAAACAAACAAAAACUAGUCGGUGGUUUUCAGAGUGAAAUGCUCAUUUACUUUCCUGUUUUUGUUAUUGGUAAAUUGGGUAGGAUCAGUGCAUGUGUUUUGAAAGCCUGUGCUUAAUUCCUGGAUUGUUCUUUCCUUAAAAAUUGCGAGUCAUCUAGAGCUACCUACAUUCAGAAUUUCUCUUGUGUUCCAUCAGUCUCAUUCCAAAAAGUCCAAAAAUUAAAUCCAGUUUUUGUUCUUCUCUCCGGUUGCAGACCUUGGAAGGCCUGGAAGCAUCAUCAGUACGAGAUGCGUUGAAAACGUGGCAGGACAAUUAUGUUAAUGUUCAAGGGGUUAUGGAUGAAUUUGUUAGCCUUCGAGAGAGAACCAAGUACCUUCGAGAUGAGGUGAGGGUUUUUUCUUUUUUGCAUUGCAGUCCCUAACCAAAUAAAAAGAAUCAACCUCCAUGCACCGAAUUUCAGUCAAAACUCUUAGUUUCACGUGUUGUGGAGUUGAGGAGAAAGCAAUGUCCAUGUUGGUAUUCUACUAUGGCAUUUGCCCUUGUUUUCCUCGCUGCGCACUUUCAACCAAUCUUUGUGUCGUCUUUGUGUCGUUUUAUGCCAAAUGCUAGAAACAAAUUAAUACAGUGGAACCUCGUUCUCGUAGGAGAAUGACGACGGCUAUGAAUCUCUUUUUCCCGCUAAAAUAGCGCUUGUUCACGUGCGAGCACUACUCAGUAUUGAGAAAAUCUCGUACUCGUAGUCGUUCUCGUCCUCAAGUCUAAAGCUCCUUAUUAUGGCUCGUUGUACCACGAGUAAGUACUGCCAGGGGUCAGUUUAAUUAUAUUAAGGACCAUACACUUGAACCUAUUACUGUAAAUUCUCUAGACUGAUCUCUACACGUUUCCGUAAAGAAUAAGUUGAGAGAAUUUCAUAAUGAGAUAAUUGCAUUUUCCUUGGCCAGUUGGGUGAUCAUUUUAUAAUUUCUCAUAACCUUUCCUUUUGAUUAAGUAUUGAUAUGACAGUAAAACUCUGCGACUAAGAUUCUACAUUUUUCCAAGUUAGCAUUAACAGGUUCUUAGUACAUAAAUAGUAAUUAGCACCAAUUUAGGCUAUUUAGGCCCUUAAAUAGGUUCUUAUCUUCUGAAGAAAAAAUACGUGUUAGCUUAGAGUAUUUAGUGGUAUUUAGUGGUUUUCAGCUCAUUCCUCAGGGUAAAACCUGUGUACUGUCUAAUACUGAGUAUUGCAGUGGGAGUGAUAAGGCAUCUAUGUCUCCAAAGAGGAUCCUGAACGUUGACUUAUCUUAUUUGCCCAACUGUACAGAAUUUCUUUAUAGAUUUUAGAAAAUAAGAACCUGUUUCAAAUUUUACGCUGAACAGGUUCUUGUAUAGAUGUAUAGAGGGGGCCUAACUGGCAAAUUUUAACCUGACAGGUUCUUAGUCGUGGGUUUUUACUGUAUUGGGAGAAGCCUGAUGUUGGUCACUUUUAAGACUCAGAGUGUUAUUAUACCGCACAAACGUUAGGGUGCGUGUGUUAGAGUGCCUGCUCAAAAUAGUGACAAGAGCGUUUUCUUUGCCUCAAUAGGUUGAUCUUUUACAGACCAAACUUGAGGUAAGUCUGUUUUACCAUCCGUUUAAUAUUUAAACUAAGUUCUCUUAAGUCUUUAAAACGCGCCUUGUUACAACAACGGCAGUAGUCUUAAUAAGGCAAUUUUAAAACACAUUUCUCGUCGUCUUAUUUUACGAGACAUUUUUAUCCUUUCUCUUCAUUAUCAGGAGCUGGAAAAUGAGAACAUAAGACUUAAGAAAGCAAAUACAGAGGUAUGUAUUUUGACCAUCUAGUAAAACUGGAAUCUAUUAAUCCUUGAUGUAUCGAGAAUCGAAUUUCUAAAUCGGUGUGUUAAGGGGUGUUUGAGUUUCUUUCUUUUGUGCAAGCGUGCUUCUCUACUAGCCCUGAACACUUGAGGUUGUGUUUAAAUAUUCAAUUCUUUCAAUACAAACUGCGGUAUUUAAAUUUUUUCAGCUUGGGGAGCGAUCGGAGGAGUACAGACUAAGAUCCACAGAAUUACAGACAACUUUGGAAAAUGUUGUGGUAAGUUUUGUUCAUUUUCACUGUUUCCAUCGUUACGUGCAGUUGUUCGGCUUUAAAAAAAAAACAUUCCUUCUUGUGCUAAAAUUGCCCGGGAAUUGGCAUAUCCUUUGAAUAUGUUCUACGAAAAGGUUAGCUCAAGGAUGUUAUGAACUUGCAAUUAUUUUGAGUGAAAAAUAAAAGAAUCACAGUGGAACCUUGAUAUAACGAACGCCCAAGGGACUGGAAAAGUAAGUUCGCUAUUAACGAGGUCAGGUUUCGUCUUGGUGUCGAGGUUCUUUUCCUUACAUUUUACCAUUACUGCAACUUGGGCGAAGAAUAUCGUUCCUUAUACCUAUGACUUCAUUAUAUACAUGUAUAGAGGGUCCUUACAUCGUGGUUCUACUAUGUGCGGAUCUCGGAGAGUGCUAUCGUUAUCUUCCUCAGCAGCAACACCUUCCUUGUUCUGUACUCGGCUUCUUUCAAUAAUUGUUAAAUAUUGCAAAUGUAUUGCUUUCAAUUUAACAGUUAAUUUGAAGUUUUUUGCUGCUUAGAAACACGUCAAGCACGAAGCAGAUCAAGUUGAGAUCCCCCGUGAUCUCAUUACCAGUGUCACAGAAGCUGCAGCGGCAGUUGUAACACCCCCUGCCCCACCCCCACCGCCUCCGCCACCUGUCCCCCCACCAACACCAGAUGGUAUGUGUUUAUCAUAUUUGAUACAAUCAAUCACCUUCACUUCACAAACGAUGUUUUCGCUGCUGUGGCCUUCAUGGUUGCUAAAAAUCGUUACUGGAGUGCAAAAUGUAACGUCAAGAAUAUAAGAGGAUUUGGAUAAUUACUAGUAAAAGAAAGGAAGAAUUAGAAAGAAAGAAGCAAACGGAUAAUUUUUGCGGAUUCUUACGGGAAAAAAGAUUAGAGACACCAUAAGAAUAAAAGAAGUUAAGCGUUUUCUCAGUUUAUUUCGUUCAUCGUUUUCUAUGGGUGAUCUGUUUGCUUCUUUGUUUUCACCAUGUGUCCCAAGGAAAACUCUUCAACCCAUUCGCCCCUGGAAGAAAACGCGUUUUGAUGCUAGCUGAGCGGUUUUGGUCACUGUCUUGCUAAAAAGAACUAAAACUUACCACAAAAACCGUUUAUAGGUCGUACACUUUGCGGCCUUCUGAUCCAGAUGCAAAAUAUUAGCUUGCGACUUUCGGACAUGCGCAGAAAGCAAAAAGAUAGUUUUAGAGUUUAAAAGUGACCCAGCAGUCUUGACUUACUUUUCGCUUUCUCUCCUCCCCUCUUCUUUCGCUUUUCUUGCCUCAUUUUUUGUCGUUUGCUUGGCAUUUAGUAGGCUACAUUUUGGCGGGAAAUGUUUUUGGGAAAGCUUUUAAGAUCUUAGGACUGCCUAAAAGAAAAAGUAGGUGGGAAGUGGAACAAGAUUUUCAUGGAAAUUAUUAGGUCAAUGUUACGUGGUUUUUUGCCUGUUUCUCCGGCCUUCUCGACUUAAUCGAGCCCAUUUUGGUAUGGUUCGGAUAGAUCUCUUUACUCUGCACAAGUUAGCGGACAAAGCUGUCCUUGACCCUUAAAAAACGUAUGACGUCACAAGCGGUAGAAGGGACGUGGAUCUGCACGGGCAGUUAAGUGCGCUUCAUGGGCGAAAGGGUUAAGAAGAGUGCCUAUUAGAAUAUUGGCUUUUGAGCUAAAAUUUAUUUGUUUUCUUUUUCUUCUUAUUAUGUCGCUCAGUCAGCAUCAAUGAUGGAUGUUUUAUCAUUUACUAUUUCACAGGUCGUUUGAUUCCUCCCCCACCCCCUCCCCCUGAAAUUGGUAAGUUUAUGUAGUGAAUUUAUUUUAAUGUAUUUGGAUAAGUUUUCUUCUAACCAUUAAAAUUCUGAAAGUGAGUGACAUCUUGUAUAACAAUGGUUUCCUGUUAGCUCAUAAUUCCUAUGCUUUGCUAUAAGUGUUCGCUAAUUCAGUCAAAAGCGGCGCACAAGUGUCAGAUUACGGAAAAUUGUAAAGCAAGUCCGGUCCGAUUGAAACUACCCCAGAAGUACCUCUGACUUGAACCGAAAUUAGCCGUACCAUUUGAAAAACUGUCUUUUUACUGUUUUCAGUGGAAGUAAAUUAGUUAUCUUGCAAAAGUAGACUGCAGAAGGCAAUGGAUAAACGGUUCAACAAAUGGCACAGAAAUUGUACGGGCAUUUUCACUUCGCAAUCUGUCGUAUCUGAAUUAAUAGUUGAGGUUACACUAGACCUUUUCCCCAAAGCUCCUUUUGGGAAAAUAGCUUUUGUUGGGUUCGCUCUAGGUUUUUAACACUUUCAUGUUUGCGGUUACACAGCAAAAAAUUGCUCAAGGGGAAGAAAAGAACUUGAACCCGGUUUCUCGGGAAACGUCGUUGUACACAUUGAAGGCCGACAUAAAUCGCAAACGGUUCCGAACAUUUUUAAUUUUACCCUUUCUGCUAAAACUUCCUUAUCAAUCAAGCGUAGCAAGAGCGAUUCAGCCCUGCCCCCUUACUUUAUCAUAUGAAAUUAACGCUUUAUGAAAUUAACGCGAAUUUCAAUUUCUUUGGUUUGCCGCUUCUUUACAGGCAAGGUAAACUAUAUACAUGUAUAGUGACUAACACUAGUGUGCAACUGGCUUUUUCGGUCUUUUUGACGGAGCUCCACGCGCGAGAGGCUAGGGGCAACCGUUAAGUUUUUAUGAUCCUAUACUGAUCCAAAAGGUGAUAUAUUUUUAGAUGGGACUGCGUCGUUGAGGCGGCGAGUAGGUGCCAAUGGCGUACGUCUCCCCAUGCUCAACUGGACUCCUAUAUCAUCAAAGGCAGAUGCAAGCCUAUUCUUUCAGGUACGUCUUUUGAAGUGGAGUGACAAUGCUAGAUUUAGCUAGACUUAUAAGUCUCGCUGUAAUGUUGUUGAAAAAGGUAUUGAAAAGAAAUCAGAGCCAUUCUUCAUUCUUGACGAAAGAGCGAUGCCAUAACAAGCCCAAUCACAACCUUUUUUUGUUUUUUUUUGUAAUUUAAUCACUCUUAUUUCAAUUUCUUGCCUUACUAUAAUAACAUUAAUUUUUACAUACAUUACCGACAUUACAAUUUUUUAAAAAACAAUACACAAGUAACACACACGCACGCACAGCACACACGACACACAACGACAGUAUCAAUACUACUAAACCUUAACAAGUAUUUGUCGGCAUUUGUGUACCACCUGUCAAGAGUGCUUGCCAUUUCGAUAAAUGAAAAGACAUUUUAUUCUUCGAUUUGGCAAUGAUAGUUUCUAAAGCACAAUCACAACCUGGCUUGUUAGCUCACUUGCAAAAGUUGCGUCUAUAGCUGCGAAAGUAGAGUUAAAGUCUUUUUAUUUUACGUCAGCAGCUCGAAAUAGUCGUCACCUGACCAAACUAUAUGAGGCCACUCAUUUUAACCCCAUCUCUCUAUGCUCCGUUCUACCGGUAUUUAGCCACUCGGAAAGGAAAGAAGACGGUACAUGCAAGGAUUUGAGAACACACCCGGGAAUCAGGAACUUGGGACCUCUCGCUUAGAAGGCCGCGUACGAGUUAACUGUGCCAAUCCUUGCUUCUAAAACUGUCAUAUGCCCUGGGGAUGUUUGACUUCAUUAUAUGUGAUUUUACUCUUUUAAUGAUUGUCCGUUCUUGGUAGGACAUCCGUGAUGAAGACCUUAUGGAAUUACUAGACUUUAGAGAUUUUAACAAGAAAUUUGAGUUGAGAGCUAACGAAGCUUCAGAGGAUCUGAUCGCCAAGAAAGAACAAGGCAAGUACCACAGCACUUAACGAGUAUUUAAUGUGUGCAGUGCGAUGAAUAUUCAUUGAAUUGCGCUUCUAGUUGAAAUACCGAGAGACAGGCAGCACACUGUCGGGGGUGCAUGGGGGUGGCAUUCUGAGUUUGGUACUGGUUAGCAGUCAAAUAUUCAAACCAAGCGACCAUGGAUAAAGUAGUUGCAUUAUCAGUUUGUGACAACACCUGCCUGGAGAAAAUUGGGGCUUUUUCUCGUAAAAUGGAACGCCGCUUUUUGUGUGGUAGCAUCGCGGCUAAUGGUUAGCUACAGUGCAAACAAACAAACCUAAAAAAGUAAAACCUAUCACUUCAUUUUAAAAGGUAAGUGCAGCUGUUUAGCCAUCCUCUUUCUGUGCCGCCGGUGGUAAAUCACUAUUACUCUUACGGGCAAGUGAAAAGUUUUCCAUGGCUGUCACUAAGAUUUCAAGUUGCCGGGUAAAUACAACAAGUAGGCGGGCAAUCAAACAGCUAGGGAUUUCUUUUGGUUCUCUUUUUCUUCUAUUUUCCAAUGAAGGUAGCCGGGGAAAUCCCCGGCAACCGGCUCCUAAUGACAGCCCUGGAAAAGAAUUUCCUCUCGACUAUGAACAAUGUAUAAUUAACGGAUGUCUUGUUUUUCUAUCUUAGCCGUAAAGCGAGCCGCAGAACAGAUCACAGUUAUCGAACCAAAGAGGGCGAGAAAUCUUGGUAAGAAAGUUGCGUAGAAUAUGUAGGGUUUAUAUUUUAGAUGGGAAGAGAACGGAAUGUACACGUAUUAUGAAGGAGUGGUUUGUUUUACUGUUCACAGUCCCCUAUUUUUCCGUAAGAUCGUCAGGAUAGAGCACCUUCCUUUACAGCGGCCAUCUUGCUUUCAGAUGUACCGAGUCUAGCCUUGGGAUGAUAAAUCUAUCGCCUUCCUCCCCCCCCCUCCCAUCCCGCCCCCCCCCCCCCACCCCACACCCCCCCCCCCCCCCCACCGCCCCCCCGCCCACGCUCCCGCACCGCGACGCCGCCCGACACGCUCCCAACCACUUUUUAUUUUUGAUGUGGAGAGAAAGGGACGGACACCGGUGUUGGAGGGGGGGUUUUUUUUUGCGUUCCCCGUCCCCCUCUUGCUCCGAAGAGCGGCAGGGUAGGGCACCCGUCCGUACCGCGGGCCCCUUGCUUUCCACGGGACCGGGGCCCAGCGUGGGGUGAGAAAACCAUCCCCCCCCCCCCCCCCCCCCCCCCCCCCCCCCCAUCGCUAUAAACCCCGGGCGCCGCGGCGCCCCCUCGGUACGUAUGGAACCAAAAUAGGCGCCCAUAACUGCAAAUGCACAGCCAAACUAUACCGUCGUCUGAUAGUUAUAGGGCAACAUCAAGCGGUCAAAACAAGACAAGACAAUGCUUUAUUUGGACAAGCAAGUCAUGAAAGGGACAAACGAGGAAUUAAGCUAUCAAUAAGUAGUCAUUUUCAUUACAGACUUAGAAUUUACAGUUACCCUCGUUUUUAAAAAGCCUAUAGUGAUACUCACGAGUACGUCAACUAUUGAUAUUAAUGUGCCAACCAGUGAAACGCGAAUUGGUUCUUCAAUGAAACAAAAAGAUUCUAUUGCUUCAUUCGUUCACAAAUUUUCACAACAAAAACGAUGUUUGGAAACAGUGAUGUCUCCUAUUGAUUUUACAAGUGCUUCGUUUUCUUGUCACUCAGUGAUCGCCCGUCGCCGCAUCCAACACUCCACAGAAGCAAUAGGAUCACUGAUCGACCAGUGUGACUUGGUUGAACUGCCACCAGAGCACGCAGAAUUACUACUUAAAUUUGUACCCACGAAGGAAGAGGUGAGUACAAAAUACUACACAGUUCCACAGAGAGAACGGUUUAGACCCUUUUACGGUCUUUUUCAUGUUUUUAUAAAGACCAGCUGACGAACAUCCGUUGACACCACUGGAAACAGUCUCUUAAAACUAGGAAAAUUUCAAAGUUGAAGGCGAUACGUUAAAAGCGAGCGAACAUGUUGCUACACAGAGUCGCGAAAUUUUACAGACUCGCACAUGCGUGUCUGCCUUGCCGAGAGCGCGCGCUCUCAUUUUUUUGGCAUUUUCCCCGACUGACACAGAAAAUCUUGCGGCGCAUGCUAACUAGACCUUGUCAUCCUCUGUAAGGUUUCUGGAAAAUGUUUCCGUCAAUUUUUUUUAACCAGUUUGCUUUUUUUGUGUGUGUGUCUCGUUUUUUUUUUGAUAUGUGAAACUUGUGCUUUCAGCUUGCAGGUCUUGCUCAACACGCCCAUGAGUUUCAUAAGCUGGCUGAGGCCGAGCAGUUCUUAUUUGAGGUAAGGAGAAAAAAGGUUACUUAAGGUGACUCGACCCAGUUUUUUUGGGGGGGUACCAUCCUACUUUGAAGCUCUCUGGUAUCCCCACUUUUACUUUUAUCGUAAGUCUAACAAAUAGAAUGGAUAACAUAUAGAUCAAUCUACAAUAUAACAUAAAAUUUUUGGCGAUCGGAGUAAAUGUCACGUGGUUAUAAUGCCACGCCCCUUUGAGGUCUGAGUCGAAAAUCUGCUGUUGCCGGCAUUUUUUCGUGAAAAUCUCUCGGCUACACAUAGUGCGCAUUAGUGCCUUGCGCUGAACAGAGUUUCACCAAAAUCGCAAAGACCCAAUUCGAGAAAUUCAGCGGUUUCCAAAUUUAGGUCAUAAUUUAUGCGAAAAUGAUAAGCAAACUUUACACGGAUUAUAUCUAAUAAACUAUGAGAUUCAUCUCUUUAUUUUGGGCAUCGUUAUAACAGAUGGGUCCUUGCAAGUCAGCAAAACGCUUUAGGGCCUUGUAAAUGCGCGCGAUUUCGAGCAAAGCAAACAUAUAGAAAUUAUAGUUUUCGCUAUUUGUUGACGUUUGUCAGCGUUUAAGAGUCCUUCUCACGAAAAAAGCAUUUUCUUAAAAAUUCGUAGUUUUUUUUCCUUCAAAUUUUUUCAGGGCCACAAUUGAUUAACUAACUACCCGGACUCUGAAUUUCAUGGUCAUUGAAAAACUGUGACAUUAUCUUCUAUAAGCCCAAACUUGAGUAAACAUUGAAGAUUUUUAGCGUUUUGGCUGAGUUUGUGCUUUGGGAGUUGUCUAUUGUUUCUAGUCUGUCAUUAUACAGCAUUCUUGUUCAGCACGCGUGCAAUGACCGCGCUUGGCUGACUUCCGAAUGCUCACCGAGAUAUAAUAAUUUUGGUACAGUGAGACAGGCCAUCGCGUGAUACAUAGAGGUUUAAGUCACAAUUUUUAAUCAAUUCUCGUGCUUCUUGUGCCUUUGCAAAAAAAUCAAGAAGUGCUACACACUAAAUCUACUUACUAUUAAAAAAAUAUCAUUUUUUCAUAGGUUUAAUGCAAGCCAAUAAUUAAACCAACUCGUGACGGGAAUAUCUCGGUGAGCAUUCGGAAGUCAGCCAAGCGUGGUCAUUGCACGCGUGCUGAACAAGAAUGCUGUAUAAUGACAGACUAGAAACAAUAGACAACUCCCAAAGCACAAACUCAGCCAAAACGCUAAAAAUCUUCAAUGUUUACUCAAGUUUGGGCUUAUAGAAGAUAAUGUCACAGUUUUUCAAUGACCAUGAAAUUCAGAGUCCGGGUAGUUAGUUAAUCAAUUGUGGCCCUGAAAAAAUUUGAAGGAAAAAAAACUACGAAUUUUUAAGAAAAUGCUUUUUUCGUGAGAAGGACUCUUAAACGCUGACAAACGUCAACAAAUAGCGAAAACUAUAAUUUCUAUAUGUUUGCUUUGCUCGAAAUCGCGCGCAUUUACAAGGCCCUAAAGCGUUUUGCUGACUUGCAAGGACCCAUCUGUUAUAACGAUGCCCAAAAUAAAGAGAUGAAUCUCAUAGUUUAUUAGAUAUAAUCCGUGUAAAGUUUGCUUAUCAUUUUCGCAUAAAUUAUGACCUAAAUUUGGAAACCGCUGAAUUUCUCGAAUUGGGUCUUUGCGAUUUUGGUGAAACUCUGUUCAGCGCAAGGCACUAAUGCGCACUAUGUGUAGCCGAGAGAUUUUCACGAAAAAAUGCCGACAACAGCAGAUUUUCGACUCAGACCUCAAAGGGGCGUGGCAUUAUAACCACGUGACAUUUACUCCGAUCGCCAAAAUUUUUAUGUUAUAUUAUAUUAAUUUUUAUGUUAUAUUUGUUAGACUUACGAUAAAAGUAAAAGUGGGGAUACCAGAGAGCUUCAAAGUAGGAUGGUACCCCCCAAAAAAAACUGGGUCGAGUCACCUUAAGGUGGUGUCUUUUCGUUUUGUCUGCAUAGUCUACACGUAAGUGCCCAUUGUAUUCCUUCGCCGAGGAGCCAACAACUCAGAGCGAACAUCUCCCAUUUUUAUUUUUAUUAUUUUUAUUUUUUUCAUUUACAUUCAUUUAUUCAAACAGCAAAAAUUACAAAAUAUACUCAAAAAGAAAAGUGCAAAAUUAAUAUUACAAUCGCACCAAACUACAGUACUUUUUGAAAAGGCUACGAGAAAAAAAAAUUGAAACGGAAAUUGUUAUAAGUCAUAUAAAUAUUCUGUGAUAUUAGACCGUUCAUUGCUGGCGAGCCUUAUGCGAGCCAGCACACUAUUUUCUACAAUACAGGGGCACCCAACGAGAAUAUAGUUCAAAACCACUUAAACGCGAAGAACGAGGUUUCGUAUGUCGAGGUUCUUUUUCAUAUAUUUCACUAUUAUCGGGACAAAGAAAAUCGUUCGUUAUACCGAGGACUUCAUUGUAUAGGGGUUCGUUCGAGGUUCGACUGUACCUAACACCUAAAAAUAUCUUGUCUUCCUCGCGAUUCCUCACUUAUCCGUUCGUGACCUCGAUGAAAUUAUUUCAAUAGGCAAAUAAAGAAAUCUAAAAAAUAUAAACAAGUAAUUUAUAAAAUCCCAGGCCUCGUUAAUCAUUUGCUUGCACUCUCGAAAUUUACUCGAAGGGCUUUCCCCCUGUAUACAUCACAAACAAACCAGGUUAUACACAGAAAUAACAUAUUUCUCUUUUAAAAAGGCUUACCCACCCUAAUUUCCAGGUGUCACUUUUCAUUUUCUUCACUUUAUUUAUUUUCAAACUGUAUUCUCCAUAUUGUCUUCUAGCUCAGAUGCCAGCACUUACUUUCAAAAUAAAAUUCCUAGUUAAUUAAUUAUUCUCUCGGAAUUUCGAAUUCUGUUCAAACGUGAAGAGUUCAACAUCCAACUGAUCUUAGACUUAAACUCAUCAGAAACAAUUCAUUUGAUGUUAACUUGUUUGUUUUCAAACAAAACAGUCAAAUCGAUUUUUCUGACAUGACAACUUCCAAUGGGAUUUUAAAUUUUUCUGUCAUCAGAAGAGUAAUUAACUUGUUGGUAGCACGAGGGAACGUCUCUCAUACUUGAACCAUAUUACGGUGUUCAGACCAGUUUUUUUUAGACACUUUAGAGUACUUUUUUGCGCAGAAAAGGUUGCGUCAAUGGGGACACGACCGAGCGGGCAAAACUUGUCAAGUAAAGGUUACUCGAGCAUAAAACAACUGUCUUUCCCUCCAAAAACAGAUUGCCAAGGUGGAGAGAUAUGAGACUAAGCUGAGUGUCAUGGCGUUCAUUGGUGUGUUCGAUGAAUUGAUGAGGACUGUCGUGCCGGUAAGUUGUUUUUAUUGUUAGAGCAUUUUGAGUUAUUAAAUUAAUGUCGUAAAGCAAAAGCAAAAUGUAAAGUAACAAUAAUCAUUACGAUAUAAACGAUAAUAUAUAACAAUUAUUCACCGAAGUGGAGGUGGCUAGUCGUGAAUAUUUACCGAACUGCGAAGCAGUGAGGUAAAUAUCCACGACUAGCCACCGACACUGAGGUGAAUAAUUGUUUUAGUAUAUACUAAAACAGUGAGAUAAUUGAGCACAAAAAUGGUGAUUUUUAACUCAAAUACUGUUGCCAACGCUUACAAUUUUGGCGCGUAAUGACCUGGCGGCCGCGGCCGUCGCUUUUUCCGCUUUUUCUUGCCGACAAUUAAAACUUUUGAAGGCAUUGGUUUAGCUCUUGCGGGGAAAUUUCUUCAAAAGGAGUUGUGAAUUCUUUUAUAAAAAAAAGAUUAUUUAACUUAGUUUUAAGCUUAUUUAUGAACAACUCAACUAAAUAAAGUAACGCAAGACUUAAACUUAAUUUGCAUUUGUAAACAAAAAACUUUUUCACCGGUUUUAUCGAUAAAUUCGUGUCAAAAAGACGAAGCUUUACCUGUUCAAACUUCCAAUCCGAACUUCGUCACCUUCUUCGUGUAUUUCGGAAACAGCUUGCUUGAUUAGUUGUGAAAUUUCUUUGUUUGUUUACGGCAGCAAACCGGGAAAGCAUUUUGCUCACAACUUUCGCGAGUUUGGCGUCGCUCACUCGGAGGAACUGGAGGUGAAUCAGUGAACAGUGCAGGAUAUUCACUGAUUGAGUAGCCAAUCAGAGCGCGCGAAAAACGCUAUCCACUGUUUUAGUAUAUACUAAAUAGAUUUAGCCAAGGCUAAAGGCGAAGCUGUGGAUAAUAAAUUUAUAAUUUACUUCAAACAAUAUACAUACUUGCUACCAUUGCAAGGAAAUCCACUUAGGGUUGAGCCUGCGAUCAGUCGAAAACUAAUAACUUGUCAGCGGAUAACUUAAAAAAAAAACGAUACCUCGAUGGGUCGACGCUUGAGCGCGCGAUACGGUCAUAUGAUACUGGUCAGCGGAUACCCUGUUUUAAUAGCUGUUAGUUGGCCACAAAAUGGGUGUGCAAUGUCAGGUUGCAGGCUCUUACACUAGCUAGAAGGUGUGAGAUUUCAUAUUGGUUGCCUCGUGGUGCGGACGGACGGACUUACAAUCACUUGUUUACCAAAUUUCUCGGCUGGAUCGGGGAUAAACAUUUUACCCGUAGUAGUUUCUAUACUGUACAGUCUUAGUUAUUUAUCUAAUUUUUCCAGGUCCCAAAGUGAUAGCAGUUGCGUAAGCUUCUGAAUAGGAUACCUUGAAGUAAACAGUUAAUGUUAAAAAAGGAAACGUUUCCAGAAAGACGGUGCAGAAUGCAUUAAACUGCGAAACUGAAUUUUCUGUUUGUUUUCAGCAAGUGGAUGCUGUGUUGCGAGCAUCAACAUCGAUUGUCAACAGUGCUAAACUUAAAAAGUUGUUCAAGGUAAAGAUUUUUUCCCAGGGCUACAAGUCAAACAAAUAUUCGCUAGAAUUCAUUUCAUGAAAAAGUCGCUUUAACUAAUCUUGCUGCUAAUCUGGGCCGGGCUGUUCAAAGCUGGGUUGAGAUAAACCUGGAUUAGUGCGAAAUUUAAAUUCAGAUUUAGAAGCUUAAAAAGGCAAGUUCAGUUUAAUUCUUUUUGUGUACAAUUUGAGGGCUAGAUGCUCGAAAAAGAAUAAGAAAAUUUUGAGAGAAAAUGCUUGUGAACGAAAAAAAAAAAAAGGAAAACCGGAUUAAAAUUUUGGGCCCCGAGAAUUUGCUAGACAAGCCCCCUAUAAAAAAGGGGGGCCCUCCCCCCUACCCUCACACACAAACACACAGACACACAGACGAUGAUGCUGGAAGCGUGUGAUAAAACUGUUUUCCUUGGAAGCGGAAUAGAAACCAUAGUUUUUAAAGAAAUACCAUGUCAACGGCAUUCAUAACGUUUUGGUCUCCAUCAGCGGGAAACAUCUUGCUGCAUGUUAGUGCCUGAAUUACGUUAAACGCAAAACGGCACAUUUGCAACACUUUUCAAUUUUUGUUGGUUUUUAGUUAAUACUGAUAUAUGGGAACUACAUGAACAGCGGCAGAAGAGGGGUUGCCUAUGGAUUUAAACUGGAAUCUCUUAACAAGGUGGGAUGUUGAUUUAUUCAUACAUCAGGAUGUCUGAGGUCUUUGAUGGGGGUAAAUAUUUCUGAGUGACCAUUCAAUUGAAAGCUAGCUACUAACCACUAGUUUAUUGUGGUACUGUUUAGUACGCUGCACAAGGUGGCUCUAACUUUCAAGCUGUGGAUGAAAUCCUAAAGUGUGACCAUUCUAAUGAAAGCUACUGAACAGCACAUCUUUCCUGUGUUACUGUUUUUGUUUUUACGGUUUUGACCGACUUGCCCCAAGCCUCUAUUUCAAAGCGAGGCUAAGAACGAAGCCACUGAUAUGAAAACGAUUUUUAAUUCUCAUACAAAUAAGCCUCAUUUUCACAAGUAAGGUUUUGCACUUAACCGUUUUGAAAAGGUUUCACCGUUUUCACCGUUUUUUUUCUUUGAAAGUGGCCCAUUCUGCCAUGGGUUAAGUUGUGUGUCCACCAGUUGAUGCCACUGAUAGGUCAGUUGUUUUAAUUUGCAGUUGGAAGACACUCGUACGACAGACAGAAAACAAACGUUUCUUAGCUACAUUGUUAGCGUUGUACAGAAAAGGUUUCCUGAUCUUCAGGACUUCGCCGAGGAACUUUAUCUUGACGGAGCAACUACAGGUGAAGAUCAUUCCGAAUUUGUUUUAUCUGUACAAGAGAAAGAGUGAUAACUUUCUCUAAACCAUAUACUCUCAGACCUAGCUAUCGAUCUAAAGGAAUCGCCUGCCAAUAAUUUAUUGAGAUUGGAUUCUCUUACGAAGAAACAAUUUUUCACGAAACAUACACUUUCGAGGCUCAUGUUUACUAAAGUUUUUGUGAAGAAGUCUUCACCAGUUGUUUAGGAUUUCAUUUUGCGCAAAAGUGUUUCAGUAUUCAAGAACUAUUUAAAAUUGAUUAAUUACGAUAUCAUUCUCAUAACAAAAUAGUUUGAAACGAACGAUUAGGGGGAAAAAACAGACUUCAAACCGUAGCGUUUUGGCGACUCUCUUUCUUCGUUUGGAAGGCCUCAAAUUGUUUUCAGAUCUGAUGCAUGGCAUCGAUUGUACACUACAAAGCAAACGGUAGAUAUGGCCUUGUCACCUUUACAACGCUUUCAACGUGAGGGAACUGUAAUUACUUUCCCAUAGAUUUGCAUUAUAUUUUAAUUUUUGUCGGAUAGAGCGCAAACCGCUAACCAUAAUCACCAGUUUGUCAUUUGCCGACAACCCGAUGUUUUGUUAGUUUGUUAGUUCUUUUCGACUAAUUAACUGUUUUUCUUCACCAGUGUCCAUGCAAACACUGGCGGCUGACGUGCAGGGAUUGCGAAAGGGCCUGGACCUGACUAAGACUGAGAGAGACAAACAGCCAGACAACUAUAUUAUCUUUGUAUCCUUAUGUAAUGUCACUGAACUUAGUACACCACUUGUACGUAGUAUUGUGUGUCAAGUUUUUGUAUUCUCCAGUUUGCAUAACUUUCAUUCUGCCUUUCGCAUUUUGCAUUUUAUACUUUUCAUUCUGUUUUACAAUUUAGCAUUUGCCGUUUUUAUUUCUAUUUUGUAUGCGGUGUUAUUGAAAAAAGUCUUUUAAUCAGUGCAAGAUGUGUCUUCAACUAAGAGGUUCACUUUUUGGCGUGAAAAGAAACAAAAUUCAAAUCUGCUGGUAAAAAUAACAUAGAAACGUAAAACAAAUAGCACUGUGCCAGACUUAGCUGACUAUUGGGAACGCGUACUUACCCCAAAUUCCUUUUCAAGAUUUGUUUUGCUUCCUUGACACAAUGUUUCAUUCAGUCGUUCUACAACGCAGCAUUCAAGAAAGUCCAGCGUCUCACAGAGCGCUACCGUAAGAUGGAAGAAGUGUACGCGCAGGUCUGUACGUUAUUCGCUGAAAACCCUCGAGUUGCAGAACCGUCGGAUUUCUUUAAAGCCUUCAUCGACUUCAUAGCUCUUUACAAGGUAUGUCAAAAAUAUUAGAUACUUUUGUCAAUGUUAUUAGUGAGGAAAACGUGUCUCGUAGAAACUCGCAAAGCUUGUAGGAAAGGGUCAACUUUGCAAAUAAAGGGUAAAAUGCCAAGAAAGGGAAAAGAAUGACAAAAAUCUUUGUCGAGACACACGCUGUGCUUAGGUUCCGCCCUUGAAUCGCGAAAAGUAAAUAACGAGAGGAAAUAAAGAAAACCGCUUCAAAAUUAUAGUCCAUUUAACUCUCUUAGUUAGCAUGGUACGCCUCUAAACGAUUACGGAAAAAGACUGAGUUACGAGCACCGACAGACUAUUCACUUUAAGUUUUUUUUUUAACCUUUGACAUGCACCAAUUAGCGAACUCCAUUGACGCUGUAUUAAGUAAACUGUUAAUACUUCCCACCUGUUAGAAUGAUAUGCCGAAAACGAGCGAAGAUAUAGCUCUGCAAAACUGCGGAAUUUUAUAUACGUUCAUAUGGUAGGGGUGGUCCCUCGCGCCGUUUUUUUUCUUCUUCGGGGAGAGGAGACGGCGACACGUUAGUUGGGGGUGGGGGUGGGGAUGGGGGUGGGGGAAACUUACUCUACCCCACCCCACCGUACAGAAAUCUGUAAAAUUUUACCUUUAUGCGGAGCCAUAUCUACGUCAGCUUUCAACAUGUUACUCUCAAACUUUGCAACGUGAAACGGUUAAAUUCGGACUAUUGACAGGCCAGCCAUUCUUUUAUUUAAUUUUAUCCGGUAUUGUUCUUUCAUAGAAAGCUGAGAGGGAAUUGAAUGGAUAUAAACGUCAAAAUAGCAACGAAAACUCGCAAGCUCAUAAAAAAGUCGCCACCGCAGCCGCAAAUGAAGGUCAACGGAGAUCUGUGUACAACAAAAAUAAUCGGUUUUUGGUAACAUAAAGCAAUGUGUCGGUUUUAUCUAUAAAAUGUAUGAAUGGGGUGAUUUUCUAUUGAGUAUCGAAGAUACUCGGUUUUAAUUUAAUUCGGCAUUGCCUCUCUUUUUUGACUGGCUGAAUACCUGAAGCCCCGUAAUGGGGUGAAGGAAAGCUCGGGCAUCACGCAUCCCGUUAUUUGUUUUGCUUAAAUGUCCCUUAUCCCCAUAAUUCCGACGCUGUGUAUCCCUGCAUUUUCCGCAGCUGUUAUUACAGCUGCUAGCGAUUUUGACAGGGGAAAUGCUAAUUCUGUCUUAUUUAACCCUCAAAAUCAUCCUUUGCCUUUUUUUAAAAAAAGGUUGCACCGCAGGCUCAACCGUCAUGCAAGCUUUUGAUACUGAUACUAUCAUUUUGUGUACCAUUAUCGGGGAAGGGGGGAGUGGGGCAAUAUU